AUGUCAGGACGACCUACCCGAGUGGUGUUUGUGGGCAAUAUUCCCUACGAUUUAACAGAACCACAAUUAAUUGACAUAUUUAAAGAAGUAGGCCCGGUUGUUUCAUUUCGACUGGUUUUUGACCGCGAAACAGGGAAGCCAAAAGGAUAUGGCUUCUGUACCUUCCAAGAUGCGGAAACUGCCGCCAGUGCAGUGAGGAAUUUGAAUAGUUACGAUGUGGGAGGUCGGCAGUUGCGUAUAGAUUUUGCGGAGAGUGACAAGGAGGAUUCAGGCGGCGCGGGACGCGCACCUCCUCCCGAUGAUAGAAACAGAAAUAUGCCCCAACCGACCCAAAUGGCCCCUCCGACAGUCAUACCUGGACAGUCGUCAACCGAUGUCAUUAAUAAGACUCUAUCUUCUUACCCUCCCGAACAAAUGCUAGAAGUCUUGUCUCAGAUGAAGUUCCACGUUCAAAGUAACCCGGACCAGGUCCGGGCGCUGUUGACCGAGAAUCCUCAGCUUUCCUACUCUUUAUUCCAAGCAUUGUUGGUGAUGAACGUGGUGGAGCCUGCAAUAAUGCAACGGAUCUUGCAAAGCCAAGCGAUAGCACCGCAGCAGAGACUGGCAACUUCCGUCGUCAACCCUCCUUUCAUACCCGCAACUCUACCUGGUGCAAUUCCGCCAGGUGCUGUUGGCCACUUCCAAACCCAACCAUUCGUACCACCGAACCCACAGUUACCAGUGGCUGUCCCCACUGGAUUACCUGCACAACCAACGGUGCCAGUCAUGCCAACUGCAGCACCCCAGAUCAGAGCAACAGAAGGUGGGUGA